AUGGUCAAGCUGUUUAGGAGAAAGAUCGACGAGCUGGCGGAGGGUGUUGGAGUGGGAGGGGGUGCCGACCACGAGGGGGGAGGUGAGGGGAUGGCACGCGUUGUGGUUGAGUACAGCGUCGAGGAGGAGGAGGAGAUCGAGGAGGAUACAUCUAGGCAAGCUCAGCACAGGUCGGUCGAGGACGACGGCGAGGGCGCCGGACAGAGCACGGAGCGUACGGGGGAGCACGGAGUGGCGCUCGGGGAGCGGGUGGACGAGCCGGUAAAGCAUAUCGAGCAGCAGGCGACAGGGGAAGCUAAGGCUGUCGAGGAGCAGGAGGGCGGAGUGGCUGCGCAGGGGGGUGGGGUCGGAGGGCAGCAGCAGGAGGGUGAGGCGGCUGCUAAGGAGGGUGGGGCAGGAGGGCAGCAGCAGGAGGGCGUGGCGGCUGCGCAGGAGGGUGGGGCAGGAGUGCAACAACAAGAGUUUAGGGUGGCAGCUGCGCAGGAGGGUGGGGCGGGAGGGCAGGAGCAGGAGGGCGGAGAGGCUGCUGUGGAGUAUCGUCGAGGAGAUGAGCAACAGGCCGCAGAAACAAGGGGACACCGCAUGGCCAGUGGCAGCAGACAGGCGGGCCCUUCGACCGGGCGACGUUCGACGGCAGGCCAAUCGACGUCAACCGUUGCACCCGGAGGCCAGGUCGUCGAGCUACUGCAGAGGGUCGAGAAGGUCAAGGCGUCGCAGAAGCAGCUCGUCGCCGACGUCUUUGCGAAACACAGCGAGCAAGCCGGAGCUUUCAAUAGGCUUGCUGCGGAUUUUCGGACGGCCUGGAAUACGAUUUCGGAGUCGUCGAAGAGCACACUGUUGCAGUGCGCCGAGGCUGUGAAGGGUGUCACGGUGGAGAGAAAACUGUUGGAAGGGGUGCGGGCGAAGAUCGACGAAAUGAGCGGGAAGAUCAUCGAGGGGGUGCCAGUUGCCAUCACAAUAGCGAGCGAGGACGCCGUCGAGAAGCAGCUCAAGCAGGUCGAGGAGCGCCUGGUUUUUGCGGUCCUUAAGGGUUUUGAGAAAGCCAUCAAGGAGGACAUGUUCUACUCCAACCUCCCACCCGAGACCAUGAAGGAGCUGAAGGACAUUGUGAGGGAAGGCUACCAUGAAGCCGAAGCAGGGAGGUUGGAAGUCCUCACCGAAGCGAUGGCGAGAGGCCUGGGGACGACGGGUGGGAAAGGAGUGGUUACGGGGGAGAAAAGUGGUGCCCCGAACGAGCACGUCGCCUCGACCGGGAAUAGAGCCCUUGGUAAGCGAGAUGCCUCUACCCCGUUAGGCGGCGGUGCGGGGAAAGGAGCGGGAGAGGCAAGCGCUGGGUUGUUGUCGAAGACUAAAGCGACAUCAGCUGCGCAGAGCGGUGGUGCUGGCCGAGCUGUCGAGCUUGUGGGAAAUUGGGCGUCUUCUUCGACCCCUCCAGUUGCUCCUGUCGCCGCUGCUUCGGCCCUAGGCAACGUUUUCCUUAGCGAACCGGGCUCCCCUUCGACGUCUAAGAGGAUGCCGGCUGCGACGAAGUUGUCGAAGCGCGCUGCACAUGCGACAGAAAGCCAUGACGUGGUGGAGCAGGCCAGCGUCCCUGGUCAUGCGCCUGUCGAGAAGAACUCUGUUGUCGUUGCUGCUCGACAGGAGAAGUUGAAGAAGGCCAAGGUGAUGGGUUACACCCCACCUCCUCCCCCGGACAACCAAGGCAAGACGAGGGGCUGCAUAGCUCCCUUCAAAGGACCGGGUUUAGGGUUGCGGAAGGGGAAGCCGGUUUCCGAGCAGACCGUCGGCGGGAGAAAACGGUUCUUGGGACAUUUUGAAACGGAGAAGGAUCAGAAGUUCUGUACGGCCAUCUGCUGGCGCGUGUACUUCCCCGACAUUGUCCUUACGAAGUACGAAGGGUUUACGGCGCAGGAUGAGGAGGAGUGGAAGGUGUAUCUCGAUGCGGCUGUCGAAAUGCCAACCGGCGUUUGGAGCGUGGCGCAAGAAGGGGAAUGUCGUUUCGACGAGUGA